AUGGCGACGGCCCGGGCCGGCGGGGGCGUCCGGCUCCUGGCCCGGGGGGCGCGGGGGCUCGGCCCGGCCCGCGGGAGGCUCAGCACGGGCCGCGGGAGGCCGGCCGUGCCUGCCCGGGACCCCCGGGACCCCCAGGACCCCCGGGACCCCCGGGACCCCCGUCCCCGCUCCCUGGUGCAGCGGGACAUCCAGGCCUUCCUCAACGAGUGCGGGGGAGGCCCGGGCGAGGCCCGACACUGGCUCACGCAUUUCCAGACGACGCGCCUCGCCCACGACAGGCCCUUUGCCAUCAUCGAGGUGGAUGAGGGGGUGUUCCAGUGCCCGGAGGCGGUGGGCAGCGUGGCCUUCGCUCUGGCCUUCCUGCAACGGAUGGACAUGAAGCCACUGGUGGUGAUGGGGCUGCCCACGCGCACGGCGCUGUCGGACACUCUCUCCUUCUGGGAGACCAAGGCCCUGCUGGCUCAGAGCUGCAAGACUCUCAUGGACGCCCUGCGCCUCAACUCUGCCACCGCCGUGCCCUUCUUCGGGGGUGGUUCUGUGCUGGGCGCGGCCGAGUCCCAAGCCAACCCCAGCCUGGGCGGUGUCGGGUCCGUGGAGACGGACCUGCUCCAGUGGUGCCUGGAGUCGGGCAACAUCCCCAUCCUGUGCCCCAUCGGGGAGACGGCGGCCCGCCGGGCCGUGCUGCUCAACUCGCUCGACGUCACGGCCGCCCUGGCCAAGGCCCUGCUGCCCACCAAGAUCAUCUUCCUCAACACCACCGGGGGCCUCCGGGAUGCCAACCAAAAGGCGCUGAGCAUCGUGAACCUGCCCGCCGACCUGGACUUGGUGGCCAAUGCCCAGUGGCUGGGCCACAAGGAGCGGCAGCAGACGCGGGUCAUCGUGGACUUGCUUAGCCGCCUGCCCGCCGAGGCCUCCGCCGUCAUCGUCGCCGCCGGUGCCCUCCUCACCGAGCUCUUCAGCAACAAGGGGUCCGGGACGCUGUUCAAGAACGCGGAGCGGAUGCUGCGGGUGGAGAGGCUGGAGGAUCUGGACGAGAAGCGACUUAUUGAACUGGUCAACACAAGCUUCGGGAAGAGGCUCAAGGAUGACUAUCCCGCUGCCCUGCGACCCCGCCUCCGCUCCAUCUACCUCUCCGAGGGCUACAACGCGGCGGCCAUCAUCACCACGGAGCCGGUGCUGGGGGGGACGCCCUACCUGGACAAGUUCGUGGUCAGCUCCAGCCGCCAGGGCCAGGGGUCCGGCCAGAUGUUGUGGGAGUGCAUCCGCCAGGACUUGGAGCGCCUUUUCUGGAGGUCAAAGGUCACCAACCCCAUCAACCCCUGGUACUUCAAGCACAGCGACGGCAGCUUCUCCAACAAGCAGUGGAUUUUUUUCUGGUUCGGCCUCUCCGACCUGCGGGACUCAUACGAGCUGGUCAACCACGCCAAGGGGCUGCCCGACUCCUUCUGCAAACCCCCAUCCGACCUGGACAGCUGACGGUGCUCCCAACGCCCAACCCCUCCGCCCCGACUGCCCGCUGCCCUACGGAAGGCCUCGCUCCCCUUUACCAUCCCCUCUGCCCGCGCCCACCUUGGGGUCAAGAGAGGUUUGAGACUGUGGGCACAGAGAUGUGAAACUCCUGGGGGAGAUGGAGGAAGGGGGUGGCAAAAGGACGGGGGUGGGCGGGAGAUGACCUCCCUCCCCUUCUUCAAAGACAGGACCCCUUUAUGUCCCCGGCUUAUAUUCUGGGCCGUGAACCAGCCCACAUCCAGGCUCCAAAAGCAGUCGGUCCACCCAUCCCAAGGACCCAGGUGAUCGGGUUGGGGACGGGUCACUGAGCCCCGCAGGGUUGGGGGAAGAAGGGUCUCAGGGCCUGGUGGAGGGGCAAGGCAGAGAGGGAGGGAGGGAGGCCCCGAGAAACCUUCAUCUCGGAGGAAACAUCAAAUCCGUCCACUUCAACGGCUGGACGGAUUGGGGUCGGGCCGGGGGCUGCCCUUCCCACCAGACAGGGGUGGGGGGCCUGGCCCGGGGCCCAAGGCAGCCUUGGGGGGAUUGGGAUGGCUCCCAGGAGACGCUCAUGGGCCUCGGUCGAGAAGGGAGCCUUGCCUAGAGGCAGGGCAAGAGAUGGGAUGAUGAUGAUGUGAUGACCUCUGGAUCCCGGGGAGGCUCCGCGGCCCCCUCUCCCCUGCUGGAGCGAGAACACAGAUCCAGGCUGUGCGUCUCUACAUAAAAUGUUUAUUUUUGGAAGACUA